UCCCAACCAGGAUUUGGGCCUCCUUCACUGCCUGUGGGCACAGAAGUGAGUGCAAAGUACAGAGGAGCUUUCUGUGAAGCUAAAGUCAAAACAGUAGUGAGAGUUGUCAAAUGCAAGGUGGUGAUGAAAGAUUGCCAGACAAGCAUUUUUGUUACUGAUGAAGAAAUCAAGGGUUCAGUGAAACAUCCAGAAACAGGACAGCCUGUAGAAGGAACUAUCAACAAAUUGAUAGACCACAGCUCAUACACAGUUGUGUUUGAUGACGGUGAUGAGCGCACUUUGAGGAGAAGUCAGCUGUGUUUGAAAGGAGAUAAACAUUUUAUUGAAAGUGAGACUUUAGACAAUCUGCCACUGUCACACCCAGAACACUUUGGAACACCAGUUUUACAGAACAAGAAAAGUAAACGGAAAAAUGACGAUGAAAGUGGUGACGAAGGAGAAGAUGGCUCAGAGGAGGAGUCGCCUCGCCGUGCUAUGUACCGAGGUCGUCAUCAGGAGCUUGUUGGCAAACUGAUGCUUGUGGACUUCCCCAAUCGUAAAGGCUCUAUGAUACCUGCUCUUGUUGUGUUGCCAGACGCCAAUAGUCUCAAUGAAGUUAAAAAUAGAGAUCAGAUUCUUGUAAGAUCUUUCAAAGACUCCAAAUUUUUGACUGUUACACGUAAAGUACUGAAAGAUUUCUCCAGACCUAUAGCAAUCAAGAAUGAUGAAAAAACAAUGAGAACAGCUUUUGAGAAAGCUCUUCUGUAUUACGACACUAAGGAGUUGCCAGUUGGUUGGAACAAGGAGGAAAUGCUAGGCUCAGACGUAGAAGACGAUGGAGAUGAGGAUGUGGAAGAUGAAUAUGCUUCGGAAGAUGAACCAUUUGAAGAGAAGGAUAGAUUUGUUGCUCAGCUGUAUAAGUUUAUGGAUGAACGAGGCACACCAAUUAAUAAGGGGCCCUGCAUUGGGAACAAAGAUCUGAACUUGUACAAGUUGUAUAAAAUAGUUGAGAAGCUUGGAGGCUAUAAUAAGGUAACCAAAGAAAUGAAGUGGCCAGUUGUGUACAGCAAAAUGGGCUUGCCAUCCCUCCAUCAAAAUCCAGCCCACCAGAUCAAAUCUGCAUACAAAAAAUAUCUGGAUGCCUUUGAAUCAUUCUACCGCAAGCUGGGGAGCACUAUGGGUACCAUGAGCAGACCAGGCCGAGGCAGACAGAGUACAGGAGGUCGCAGUAUCUUGAACCCUAGAGCUAAAGAAAAAAGCCCCAGGACUCCUAAGCCCACAGAAAAGACCACACCCACACUAAGUAAAGAUGAGGCUGGAGCUGUGAAACAAAAGCCAGAGGUAAUACUAGAUAAACAGGAGGAGAAUCAGGAUGCUGCAAGUAUAGUAUCAGUAGAUGAUGAGGAUGUAGUCAUGCGCAGGACGCCACGCAGAGAUGCCAAAGCCCUGACUCCGAAAGAUGAAAUCAAAGAGAAGAAAGAAGAGGCAGAAAAGACGAAAAAGGAUGAGAAGAAAGAUGAACCUUUGAAGAACAAGAAAGAGGAGAAGAAAGAUGAACCUUUGAAGAACAAGAAAGAGGAGAAGAAAGAUGAACCUUUGAAGAACAAGAAAGAGGAGAAGAAAGAUGAACCUUUGAAGAACAAGAAAGACGAGAAGAAAGAUGAACUCUUGAAGAACAAAAAAGAAGAGAAGAAAGAUGAACUCUUGAAGAACAAAAAAGAAGAGAAGAAAGAUGAACCUUUGAAGAACAAAAAAGAAGAGAAGAAAGAUGAUAUUUCUGUUGUUAAGAGCAAAAAAGAAGACACACCUGUGUCUAAGGUGAAGAAGGAAGAAACUACACCAGUCUCAAAGGUGAAAAAAGAUGAGCUGGCCAAAGUCAAGAAGGAUGACGAUAGUGCUAAAAAGGAAGAGAGAAAGUCAGCCAGAAAAGUUAAAGGGGAGGAAGAGAAAGAAGGAGAUAAAGAGGAAAAGAAAUCUGCAAGAGGAAACAAGAAGCAGAAGGAAGAGGAAAGCAAGGAAGAAGUAAAGCUAGAGAUAACAACUCCAGUGAAGGAUUCACCAAAAAAGAGGAUAACUAGGCGAAAGCUCCUACCUACAGAACCACAAAAGGAGCCUGACGUGAAAGAAGAAACCGAGGAACAGAAAGAACAAGCAAAGAAACCAGUUAUCAAAGAGAACAAACCAGUUGAGAAAAAGGAUAAGGAAAUUCCAAGAACUCUAGAAAGAAGAGAUAGUCGAGCCUCAGAUAAGAAGGAACCACCUGCAAAAAUUAUUGACAAAAAAGAUGUUAAGCUACCAAGUGAAAAGAAAGUAAAAAGUUCUGAGGAAAAAAGGCCAAAGAAAGAGAAGAAGGGGGAUGAAGAUGAGGGCUCAGAUGAUAACAGAGACAUGUCUAAUACAGCCUGUAGUGAAGGAGAGGCAGAGUCUGACCAGGACAAGUCUGACGGCAGUGUGAAGCAUGAAUACCCAAUUGGAUCCAGACUGAAAGUCAAAUAUGGCAGAGGAAAGAAUCAAAAGAUUUAUAUUGCCAAGGUUAUUGAUUAUGGCAAAGAUGGAGCGCAUAGAACAUAUUUAGUACAUUAUGCUGGAUGGAACACCAGGUAUGAUGAGUGGAUUCGCCCUGACAGAGUUGUUUCGGUCUUGGACAGGCCUGAUGGGUCCAAGUCAAGGACACCUCCAUUGAGAUCUCCAUCAUUUCCUGGCUGCCUGAAAAGAACACCACUUCCCAACUCCUCCACAAACACUCCACAGACUUUAUCAGAUUUGAACAAAUCUGAACAGGUUUUCCGUACACCAAAGAUAAUGGGCGCCAAGACGAGGGCCACCCGCUCUUCUAGUUCUGAAACAUCCAUUGUGGAUAAAAAGACAGGUAAAAGAAUGACACGGCGUCACUCAGUUCUAACAGAUUCUACUGGGUCUAAAUCUCCAGGCAGCGCCACAGCCAGCGAUGCUGAUGAUGGGUCAGGCUCCGAAAGAGCUGAUGAUGAGGAUAUCGAUGAUGAUGACGACGAGGAUGUUGAUGCCAAUUCCAAAGUUCAAAAUGCUGGAGACGAGGAUAUUCUGGAUGUGGAUGACUACGAAGAGUCUGAAGAAGAUUCUGUAAAAGGAAAGUUGGCUGAUACCAGCAUGGAAAAUGAAGUAACUUCUCCUGAAGACUCAGUGUCUGAUAUGGGUUCGGAAAGAGUGGAGGAGGAGGAAGAUGGGGGUGAGAGUGAGAAAGAAACCAGUGUUGCUAAUCAAGAAGAUAAAAGCAUGGUGCCAGUUGAAAGUGAUCUGAGCACUGAAGAGGAGCAGGAGAAGGAUUCUAAGAAUUUAGUGAAGGAAGAUAGCUCUGCAGAUUCUGUUAUUAAAUCUGUGGUUAGUGUUGUUAAGCCUGAUGCUAGACCUCAGAAAGCAGCUGUGCGUGUUGUUGAAAUACGAGAUGCCCUUGAGGAAAUAAAGUCAGCUGUGUGUUGUGACCAAGGAGAUAUUAAAUUAGAGGAUUAUUACAAUGCUGAAGAACCUGAAACCUUGACAGCCCAAGAGAUGAAUAUAGAUGUUGAAAACAGUGCGUCUCCAAAGUUAGAGAUCGUAGAAGAAGAAACUGUAGUGGAAAAAGAAGAGCAGGAUGUGAAAACUGAUUGUAAACCUGCUCCAUGUGAUAAAGAGCCGGAUGAUGUGUGUGCUGCAGAAUUGUUGCUAGACCAGGCCGCUCCUGUGUUGAAAAAGGUAGAUGCUGAGCCACCUAAGAAAGACAAAGACACUGAAAAACCCAAGGCUGGGAGAGGAAGAAAGAAUAUCUCGGCAAAGGAAGGGAAAAAGGCAAAUAAAAGUUCAGAUGCAAUAAAUGCUAACAUAGCCUCUGAAAUACCAGCUUUAGAGCCUGUUGUGAUGUCACCGGUUCUGACAGUCAGUAAAUUAGAGCCAUCACCUUAUGAUUUUGAUGCUGAAGUAGACACACCAUGGCAGCCAGAGAUCACAAAGAAAUGGGAACCUAGCCAGAAAAGUACUCCUGUUAAGGAAAACAAGGAAUCUUUGUCAACACCUGAAGAGGGAGAGGAAAAAGAGAAAAAGAAAGUCAAGAAAAAAGCCAAGAAAAAGUCAAUUAGUCCCGAGUUUGUUGGGGAGGAGAGGAGUCUCUUGGUGGAUGAUACUGCUGUUGUUAAUCCCAGUGAUAUUUCAGCUGCCCAGGCAACUGCAGACACUCCUGUAGACAGCAAAGGACGAAAGAAGAAAGGGCGAAAGAAGAAGGAAGUUGACUGUGAAACAAAGAAGGAAGUGAGUGAAUUGUAUGAGAGUACAGUUAACAGUGUUGUUGAAGCGGUCAAGCAUUCAUUACAGGAAAUAGAAUCUGAUCAAGAACAAAAGCCAGUAAUAAAAAGACGAAAGGUAAAGCAAGUUUCAGAAAGUGAUAAGAAAGACACUGGUGUGCGAAUCACAAAGGUAGGACGCAAGGUCGCAGGCAGAGAUUCAGGGGAUGUGUUAGAAAAUAGUUUAAUAAAUUUAGAAGGUGACACAGCUGUCAGAGCAAAUUCAUCUCCCUUAACUGACCAUGCAACGCCCCAGACUGCUCAUUCAGACGAAGUGCCCUGUACUUCUUCCUCCAACAUAGAGCCAUUAGAAGACAUUGAUUUCAAAGACAAUAAAAAGGAGUCCAGCUUUAUGGAAAGUGAAGGGUUUGAGCCCCAGCUUGAAAGCAGUGAUCCCAGUGCAGCUUUUGACAACACACCCCCGACGACUCCGGAACACGAAGAGGAAGGGAAUAGAAGUCCCCCCAUGCAACAUCCUGUCUACCACUCCCAUUCAGAGGAUGUAUCCUUGAAGUCUGACUCUCACAAAGACAAUGUAAAAGCCAUCUGCUCAUCGUAUAUACCGUCAACGUCAUUGCCCACCUCGUCUUCCAAUCUGACCACAUCAAAAUCUGCGGGCGAGUCUCCUUCAGACAAUGAUGUGAUUAGCACCACUUCUACUGAUAACCUAGAUGCUGCAGUGAUCGCUCAACAGUCAGAGAGCAGCGGAACUGACCAAGAUAUUCCCUCUAACAAAAAACGGAAGGUCCUAGAUGAUACAUCAAAUAGUUUGCCUGAAAGCAAAAAGAAGAGAGUGCAUGGGACCAGAAGUAGAACUGCCAAGAAGUCGCCCAAAUACGUAGGCAACUCCGAUUCCCAGGGAUCAACUUCCAACACACCCAGUCAUUGCCCCGAAUCUCCACCCACCAAGUUAGCAGACUUGUCCAAGUCUCCACGCCCUAGCAAGUUCAACUUCAGUGCAGAUCUUGGAGAAUAUCUGGAGGGAGAGGCACGCUGUAACUUCCUGAUCACCAAAAUGAGAGAAAUCAAGGCCAUUUACAUGAAUCUUAAAUCUGAAGUUGCAAGCAUAGACAGGAGACGAAAGAGGGCCCGCAGACGAGAGAAAGAAUCUUCACAGAUGUCCAGCAGUGAUAAAGUAGCAGCCAUGUGA